AUGUGCAGACCCAUGUGGCUAAAGAGCUGUAUAAUCGUAUUGAUAGGUAUUUUAACCCUCCCAAAUUCACUACCUAACGUUAAAGCCGCACUCUCCAAAUUCCUUGAGAACGCUUCUGGGUUUUAUACGAGGUUAUGCUACAAUCCGCAGCCUUGGGAAUACAGAGCGGAAAGCGCAGAUAAAAUAGCUUACGCCCUUCUAGAGUGCAUGCCAAAAUUCUUAUCCGUUAUGUACUUUUUGUGGUACAAUGUGGAUCCGGGUUUCGAGAAACUUGAUGGAGGGGGUUGGAAACAGAACUGGCCCGGGGCGUUAAAGGGUGCUAGUUGGUGGUGGAACCGUAAUAGCGGCGGUGAUCUCGACAAGUACCUCUACGCGGAAACUGGCGACGCAACGUACAACUCACGCACCGGCGUCAUCCCAGGUGGGUUCACGUCUGACGAUGAGGUGAUAUAUUAUACACUUGGAAGUGGCUACUACCAGGGUGCUCAAAUGGCUGGGGACCUUAAAAAGAUUGUGGACAAAGGAAAUCACCAUGAUUUUUUCCGGGACGUCUUUGUCACUUCUGUGCUCUCCACAGACCAUGGCGCUAAAGCUCCGAACACGGCGAACGCUCUUCGCUUGGUGAGAAUGUUAUGCCAGAUUGUUGAAGAUGAGGCAAAGAAAAAUAGUGACGGUGAAGAGUUAAUAAAAGCUUUGGAACAUGGCCUUAAAAGGUUCCAGUCCUCAAAUUCUAUAUGCUGGCAAGACUUAAAAGCGCACUGCGCUCAGCUUACAAAGCAGUUUAGAACAAAAUUGUUUGCCCCAAAGCACUUCGACCACACCGGGCAGGGUAUGGAUACUUCAACGCUUAAUAGGGACGAAUUUGCAAGCAUAACUGCGGAUUGGUUGAGAACGAAUAUAACAAAAGUGCAAGGACAUUUGAAUCAAAUUAAAACGGAUAAAAGUCUCGAAGGCCAUCUUGGAGAAUACUUCACGAAAAAUCUCUUCCCGUACGGUUUUACCAUUUUUAAUGGGACUCGCUUUGACAUGUUCCCAAAUGAUGUAGAGGCAUUGAAAAAAGAUUGGCGUGAGGUGAUCGAAGAGUUUAAGAAAAGCAACGGCGAUUUGAAUACGCUCAGAGAAAUUUUGAGUGGAACGUAUAAUAAAUUAUGUCCCAAUGUUACUCCGCCUAUAAAGCCAGAGGCCCCGCCUGCUAAGGUUCCUGAGGGACAACAGAAAUCUGAGGGAGCACAGAACCAGGGCAAGAAAGCUGCGGAUCCCCCAAGUCAGAAUACCAGUCAAAGUGCAGAUACGUCUUCAGGUACAUCAGUUGGACAGCCUUCUGUUGCACCUCUGCUUCCCGGUAAGGAUGGAGCUGCAGGCCCGAAAGGGCCUAAUGGUCCAGUGACUCCGGAGCCUUCUGGAUCCGCGGACGCAUCAAGUAAUCAAGGUGUUCAACGACAACAGGUUGUUACUCAAACCGCUCCAGAUCCUCCCCCUGCAAUCUCUCCCCCCAGUGCUGCUGGAGGCGAUGGCCCCCCGGAUAAGUCAGGUUCCCCGGGUUCGGAUUCACAUGGCAACGUUCCUCCAGCUCCACAGCCUGGCACCUCUCAAGAUCCUGCACGUACUCAGACUCUGAGUGCUUCAGGUUCAGGCUCUGGGCCAACUGGUGCUCAGGGGACUGGGGAACCAAGUGGUGGAGGGGGUGGGAAAGGCGGUGACCACGCUGGUGGUAAAAUAAGUGGGCAAGAUGUAAGCAGCAACACUACUGCGCCGGGUACCACGAUGCCUGGUGGAGGUGGGACUGAUCAAGAUGACAGGAAGAAUAAACCGUGCGCCGAUGGAUAUACACUCAUGAGUCUUGGUAUACCGAGCGGUAAAUUCUGUGUCCGAACUGCAGAUCUCAAAAAGCAUGACGAAAUUAAUAAGAAGUGGUACGAUAAGGUAAAAAAUGCUCAAGAAGCUGCCGAUACACGCAAAAAGCAGGAGGAAGAAGAAAAGCAGCAGAGAGAAGCAGAAGUACGUCGGAGACAAGAGGAAGUGGAGGAAUACAAACGCAAAUUACUGCAGGGAAUGGGAAUCGAGACAAAAAUUCUGAACCAUGAGCCAGAGAGGCGUACGUACCCCGGCGCUGAUAUAGUGAAGGCGAAAACAAUGCUUCGAUCAGGAUACAAGCCUGUAGCUCUAAAAAUGCCCGAUUUCACCCCUAGCUUUCCCGACGGGAACGGCAUAGUAGGCGGUAGAGGCUUACAGGAUUCUACGUUUCCUCCUGUAUCCAGCCAUAUCGGCGUACCUAUGGGUUACCCGUUAAAGCAUAAGGCCCCCCAGUGGCACGACCCGCCGCCGCCGAGUAAACCUGUAGCCCAAAUGUAUCAUGCGCUGCCUGAGGGUGUUGUCUUAUCUCACAAUGAGCAGCGUCCGAAGCGUGUGUUGACAUCACGUGCAACUGUCCACUCCCCCAUGCAAGCUCAAGAAGUUGAAAUUGAUCCUGCAUUAAUAGUUUUAAACGUCACUGGCAAAACUCUGGAUGGCCAUCCUAAGGAUGGCGCUGAGAUCUUCCCGACACCCUUAACACUGGAUGCGACCCCUGUACCUGAUGAUAGACAAGAAAGGUUUUCUACUCACAUCUACAAUCCCCCAAUUCCGAAGCAUGACGUGCCACCACCAACUAAGCUCAUCGCAAAUAAGCGUCCCCCACCCAUACCGGCGGUACCUAAAAAUGCUUUUCAUACGCCCACUCCAUUUCACUCCGAGAUGAACAAGCCACCUCACUCCAUCACUCUAUUUCCCGGUGACCCUCCCUCGGUAACCCAGGAUGACAUGUCUUGUAUGGCACCGUGGAUGUUGCAGCAGCCUGGGCCCUCAAAGAAUGGGCACAAUGACCUAUCUCCAUACCCGCCAGACGCCUCGCCGACCAUUCUCCAGCACUCCACGGUUACCCCCAGGACAGUGCGUGAGAUGCUCUACUGGAUUGCAGGGCUCCGGCAUUCCGCAGUCUACGAUGGCCUGGAAAAAUAUGUUGAUGAUGUAGUCAAGGAAUACGCCAACGACGCUACUACACCAAUCGGUGACAUCCAUACCCCACACUUGGCAGCGCAUCCGAAUUCUAUCCUUUCCAAGGACGUCACUCAGGCCUUGCGGCUCAGCUGUCAGUACAGUAUUAUUGUGCUAAUUGGCAUUCAAAGUUUGAAUGAUCCAAACACCUCGCAUAUCUCCGAAAGUCGUACAAUAAUUCCCCAAUUUGAAUAUUCCCCCGACCCCGCUUGCCUCCUCUGCCAUCUGCGCGACUACGUCUACGCCUGCUGCCACCAGUUGGAGUUCCUGAAGUCGCAGUGUUCUCGGGUCUCCAAACAAGGAGGUUGGGAGGAUUGUAAUUUUGGCAGGAAUGUAUCAUCCCCCAACUCCCCUCUCCAAGCCUUCCUGACCGACGCGCAUGACUCCAAAUUCCACACUCACUUCUUCGACCCGUAUAACAUCUGCCGCAAGAGCCGUGUCAGCAUGGGAUUCAGGGAAAAGGAUUUGCCUGCAUCUCAGCAAACUGGCAAGCAUAUUUCCACCAUCCUCACUCCCACCUGCGGCGGCGAGGAUCCUCUGCUUACAUUGUCCUCCUACCUCAACUGCCUCACCAGGCGGACGCCGCGCACCACCGGGGAGCUUGUCUCGUUCUUCCACAAUUUCGGGAAUUCGCUUCAUGAUGCGCCUUCAGACUUGUCCAAGCUGGGCUCCGCCCUCUCCAAGCCACAUCGCCACUGCCCCGACUGGGACUGUCUCAAGGCCGCCGCUGUAAUCGCCUUCUUGGCGGCUUCCUUGAUCUGGCCUACAGCGUUCGUGUUGAAUGUGUCAACGGCGUUUGGAAGUUGGGAGACUGCAUCGGCAAGUGGUUGUUUGACUUUGGAAGUGAAUGUGCCGGCAAUCUCAUCUGUCACCAUAUCCCUCACCGCCUCCAACCUCUUGUCCACGGCUUGGGCGGGGCUUUCGGGUUGGACGGGAAGGCCUUUAGGAGUUUCUGUUGCCACGGUAAGCUGA